CAGAAUAAUUCGAGCUCGAAAGAUAUGCUUAAAAUUGAAUUUCAUAAUCAUAUUUUAGAGAGAGAGAGAGAGCCAGAAAAAGAAACGGCAGUUGUAGUUAUAGGGUUUCUUCUUUUCUAGAUCGGGAUCAAUAGGAGGAGCUGCAGCUUCAACCAAGAAUCAUCGUCUAAAUCCCACUGGAUCUACUUUCAGCAAUCUUGUGUUUGUUGAGAAAAAAGAGCAGGGAAUGCUGAAAGAUGUGCCUCUGCGUUCCGAGGAUCAUCUCUAAAGCCCGUGAAAUUGUGGGUAUAAUAGAGCUCCCAUUCUUCGUCCUUGAUGAGACUGGAUGUUUGAAUUGCGUUCCCCCUAUAUUAUGUGCCCCGGUGCACCGUGAGCUUGCUACUUGUUAUGGGGCGCCUGUUGUGUUAAUGCAUGAUCUUUGUGAAGACGGUUGAGUUUCUUUAUAAUUUCUGCUUGGUAAAUCACUCUUAUUAGCUGGAGAGUAUUAUAGUGUAGCACGUUUUGUAGCUUGGCAUGGAACAUAAACCGAGUGUGCUGACACAAAAGUAUGAGUUGGGGAGACUACUAGGCCAAGGCACCUUUGCAAAGGUUUAUUAUGGGAGAUGCAUUAGAACUAGCCAGAGUGUGGCCAUCAAAGUAAUAGACAAAGAUAAGGUUUUGAAGGUUGGUCUGAUGGAUCAAAUCAAGCGAGAGAUAUCUGUCAUGAGAAUUGUUAGACACCCUAACAUUGUGCAGCUGUAUGAGGUAAUGGCCACCAAAAGUAAGAUUUACUUUGUCAUGGAAUAUGCUAAAGGUGGUGAACUGUUUAACAAGGUGGCUAAAGGAAGGUUAAAGGAGGAUGUUGCAAGGAAGUAUUUUAUACAGCUUAUUAAUGCUGUUGAUUUCUGCCACAGUAGGGGUGUUUAUCACCGGGAUAUAAAGCCUGAGAAUCUAUUGUUGGAUGAGAAUGAGGAUUUGAAGAUCACUGAUUUUGGGUUGAGUGCCCUUGCUGAAUCCAAGCGACAGGACGGGCUACUCCACACCACUUGUGGCACUCCCGCGUAUGUUGCUCCUGAAGUUAUCAACAGGAAAGGCUAUGAUGGGGCGAAGGCUGACAUUUGGUCUUGUGGAGUUGUCUUAUAUGUCUUGUUGGCAGGAUAUCUCCCUUUUCAUGAUUCUAAUUUGAUGGAACUGUAUAGGAAAAUUGGCAAAGCUGAGUUUAAAUGCCCUAAUUGGUUUCCAUCUGAAGUACGUAGAUUACUGUCCAAGAUUUUGGAUCCAAACCCCAAUACCAGGGUUUCUAUAGCUAAGAUCAAGGAAAGUUCGUGGUUCAGGAAAGGAUUGAGCUCCAAACAGAGUAAACCCGAAUCAGAAAGCAGGGAUGUUACUUGCUCAAAUACGAAAGCUUCUGGUCCUUCUGAGAAUUGCAGUGUGGCUCCUGAGGCAAAAGAAGAAUUAAUCAGACAUUCAAAUUUAAAUGCUUUUGAUAUCAUUUCCCUUUCUGCUGGGUUUGAUCUUUCUGGGUUAUUUGAGGAGGAUUACUUGCAGAAGGAAGCUAGAUUUACUUCCACACAACCUGCCUCUGUCAUUCUCUCUAAAUUGGAAGAUGCAGCAAAGUGUCUCAACCUGAAGGUGACGAAGAAGGAUGAAGGUUUGUUGAAAAUGGAAGGAGUGAAUGAAGGUAGAAAGGGGAUAUUGUCCAUAGACACUGAGAUCUUUGAAGUCACGCCCACUUUUCAUUUGGUGGAGAUGAAGAAAUCCCAUGGAGAUACAUUGGAGUAUCAGAAAAUUUUGAAAGAAGAAAUAAGGCCUGCUCUCAAAGAUAUUGUUUGGGUUUGGCAAGGUGGGCAAGAACAUCUGCAGCCCCAGCAACAGUAACAGCCAGCUAUAUCUGCAGAAAGUUUUCUUAGAAUUUUAUGGCAUUGUCAAUUCUCUCUGUACGUUUGCAUGUCUGUAAAUUUUCAUAUGUUACUCAUCUUCAAACCUGUGUGCUACGUAUAUGCUUCUUUUUGUUAUGUUGUUAAUUGUGACUUUUGUGCCCAUGACUGCCAAUCUAUGGAAAUAAUAUUUGUCUUUAUUUUGUUGUA